GUCGGAUUGUCAGAGCAACGAGACCGCCUUUCCUUAAGUCCUUUAUGAAUUCUCCUAACAUCUUUCCUUAACCUCAUGACGUUUUCCCCGGGGUUAAGGUAAAGUGGAUAGUGAAAGGAGAUAGGAGGGACAAUUCGAACGCACCCCCAGUCUGAGUCACAUCAGAGCUGCAUCGCGACGAGUCUCUCUGUUUCUCUCUGAAGACAAAUUCAACUGGAGGUUUUUCUCACAAACACUGGUUAUCGAAAUGUCUGCUGCCAGCUGUCUGCUGACUGAAGAUCAGUUCCUGUGCUCCAUCUGUCUGGAUGUGUUCACUGAUCCUGUCAGCACACCAUGUGGACACAACUUCUGUAAAACCUGCAUCACUACAUACUGGGAUGGUAAUGACUUCUGUCAGUGUCCCAACUGUAAAGCGGUUUUCAACACAAGACCAGAACUACGGGUCAAUACGUUCAUCUCUGAGAUGGCUGCUCAGUACAAACAGUCAGCUCAACAGGAAGCCAGCAGCAGCAGGUCAGGGCAACACGUGUCCAAACCAGGAGAAGUUCCCUGUGACGUCUGCACUGGAACCAAACUGAAGGCCCAGAAGUCCUGCCUGGUGUGUCUGGUUUCUUACUGUGAGACUCACCUGAAGUCUCAUCUGACAAUGUCAGGUCUGAAGAGACAUCAGCUGAUCGCCCCCAUGGAGAACCUGGAAGCAAGGAUAUGUAAGAAACAUGACAAACUGCUGGAGCUGUUCUGUAAGAACGACCAGAUGUGUGUCUGCAUGCUGUGCACAGUCGCAGACCACAAGAAACAUGAUGUUGUUCCUCUGAAAGAAGAAUAUGAAAGAAAGAAGACCGAGCUGGGGAAGACAGAGGCUGAAAUUCAGCAGAUAAUCCAGAUCAGAAGAGUGAAGAUUGAGGACAUCCAUCACUCAGUUGACAUCAGCAAUAGGAAUGCAGACAGAGAGAUCACUGAGGGUGUUAAAUUCUUCAAUACUUUGAUGGAGACUGCUGAGAGAAAACUAAACAUGCUCAUCGACACGAUCAAAGAGAAGCAGAGGAAGACGGAGAAACAGGCUGAAGGCUUCAUCAAAGAGCUGGAACAGGAAAUCUCUGAGCUGGAGAAGAGUAGCACUGAGGUGAAGCAGCUCUCACGAUCUGAAGACCCCCUUCAACUCCUUAACAACGUUCAGCUCUUAAAAGCAUAUACACCCACCAAGGACUGGACUGAAGUCAGAGUCCAUCCACCUUCAUAUGAGGGGACUGUGGUGAGAGCUGUGAGCCAGCUGGAGGAGACGAUCAGUGAACAGAUGAAGCGGCUGUUUGUGACUGAGCUGAGGAGGGUCCAGCAAUAUUCUGUAAAUGUGAGAGUUGAUCCUGAUGUAGUUCAUCCCACCCCUGGCAGACAACGUGGUAAUGUCUGUAGAUGUGUCUUAUCAAUGCAGGGUUUCAUUUCAGGAAGAUUUUACUUUGAAGUCUUUGUUAAAAAGGGCUCCUCGUGGACUCUAGGAGUGGUCAGAAAGUUGUCUAACUUGAAGGAAACCAUCACACUGAGCCCCACAAACGGUCACUGGACCGUGUGUCUGAGUUCUCAGGGUGAGUACUUAGCUGCUGCUGGCCCUUCAGUCCGUCUCUCCCUGAAGUCUGAGCCUGAGAAGGUGGGGGUGUUUGUGAAUUAUGAGGAGGGUCUGGUCUCCUUUUAUGACGUCGAUGCUGCAGCUCUGAUCUACUCCUUCACUGGCUGCUCCUUCUUUGUGGAUCUCUACCCAUUCUUCAGUCUGUGUCAGACCGAUGGUGUCACAAUCCACAGCUCUGAUUGGGGGUGUGUUUUACAACGAGUAGAAAUACUUAAAGGUAGAGUCAGAAGAAGAAGUAAAGACUUAUACUAAACGCAUGCUGCUCAGUCUUCACUUAUGACAUUAAGUCAGCCAAUGACAGAAAGCAGUUGAGUUUGGGAUUGAAGACAUUUCAGCAAAUGGACGCCAUACAAACAAAGAACAUAUAAGUCUGAACUUUGGGCUUUGCUUUCACCCGCUUUUG